GUCGGGGUUGUUUACAACGAAAAAAAAAAGGAAAAAUGGAGUUCGAUAUGAAUCAGAUAUCUCAAACAAGUAAUUCAAACGCGAAAAUUGAAGCAUCUGAAAGUCAAAACAGUGAAGUUCCAAGUGAAAACAGUGCAGUUCAACCUGUAGAACCAGAAAAUGUCGACUCCAAUACCCUUGCGGCCGUAUUACAGUUUCUUCAGAAGCACAACCUGAAAGGGACGGCUGAUAUUUUGAAAAAAGAAGCACGGCUCAAGGAGGAUCAAUUACGAGAUGCACAAGCUCUUCAAGUGGAUUCAGAGGCAACAAAUUUGCUCUCAUCAUACAAGAGCGAAGGAGACCCAAAUGCCUACGAAAAAGCUUACCUAAGUUACAGGAGAUUUGUGGAAAGCUCGCUGGAUGUUUAUAAACAUGAGCUGUCCCUAGUAUUGUACCCUUUAUUUGUCCACAUGUAUUUGGAAAUGAUUUACAACCAACAUGAAUCAGAAGCCGCUAAAUUUAUGGAACGUUUUUCAACAGAUCAGGAAGAUUAUUAUCAGGAUGAUCUUAAAAAAGUUUCUUUUAUUACCAAAAAAGAACACAUGAAAGGCAGUGAUCUCAUGGAGAAUUUCAAAUCAAGUCAGUUCACCGUUCGAAUGUCCCGGGAUACUUACUCGGUUUUGAAGCGGUUUUUGCAGGACAAGAACCAAUCAAUUGUCAUGAACGUCAUUCAGGAACACUUGUACGUCGACAUGUACGAAGGAGUGCCGAGAAAUAAAGCCCAAGUUGAAUCCACAGCCGGAGCCAUGGAAGGCGAGGCCAACAGACAAGUAAACAAGACCAAAAUCUACUAUGGUCUGCUCAAAGAGCCCGAUAUCCAGCUUCCGGUAGUCGAGGAGGAAGAGGACGGAGAACCCGGCGAAGGUGGUGAAAAGCCCAAAAAGAAGAAACCCAAAAAGGAUCCGUUGCUCAACAAGAAAGCCAAGAGCGACCCUAAUGCUCCACCGGCCAGCCGAUUGCCAUUACCAGAUUUGAGAGAUAUCGACAAACUGGAGAAGGUCAGGGCCCUACGAGAAGCCAGCAAGAGGGUGGCUCUUGGUCCAGACAAUUUGCCGUCCAUUUGUUUCUACACGAUGCUGAAUUGCGCGGAAACGGUCACGUGCGUCGAAUUCUGCGAGGAUUCGUCACUAUUAGCCGUAGGGUUUUCCGAUUCCAUCCUCAAAGUUUGGAGUCUUGUACCCCAGAAACUCCGGGCCAUGAAACCGGCCGAGCAAUUGGCCGAUAUCGACAAGGAGGCCGAAGAUGUUCUCGUUCGUAUGAUGGACGACAAGACGGGUGAGACUAUGAAAGUCCUUCACGGCCAUUGCGGGCCGGUUUACGCUGCCUCGUUCAGUCACGACCGGACGUUACUCUUAUCAUCGUCGGAAGACGCCACGAUCCGGCUGUGGAGUUUGCAGACGUGGACCUGCCUGGUGGUCUAUAAAGGCCACAUUUACCCCGUGUGGGACGUGAGGUUUUCCCCUCACGGCUACUAUUUCUCAUCAGUCGGACAUGAUCGGACUGCCAGACUUUGGGCCACCGAUCAUCACCAGCCUUUAAGGAUCUUUGCCGGCCAUUAUUCAGACGUUGACGUGGUCCAAUUCCAUCCCAAUUCCAAUUACGUCGCCACAGGUUCCAGCGAUAGGAGCGUCCGUUUAUGGGAUUGCGUAACUGGCAACUGUGUCCGGCUAAUGACUGGUCAUAAAGGAACCGUCUCGGCGUUGUGUUUCUCCACCGACGGCCGUUUUCUGGCAUCCGGUGGAGCUGAUCAAAAAGUCCUGUUAUGGGAUCUGGCUCACGGUCACUUAUUGGCCGACCUGCCUGGGCACACGAUGACAAUCUCCAGUUUGGCCUUCAGUCGAGACGGGACCGUGUUCGCCACGUCUUCCCUGGACGGCUCCAUCCAACUGUGGGAUUUCUUCCGGAUGACGGAUGAGUCCUCUUUAGAGGACGUCAACAUCUCGGGUCACAAUCCAGACCUUCUCAAGCGGAGUAACGCCAUUGAAUCGCUCCGCCUGGCACGUUACCCGACCAAAGCCACUCCUGUCAUGUCAUUGCAUUUCACGCGGAGGAAUUUGCUACUCGCUGCCGGCAUGUUUGAAGGCUAAUCCCUCGAUUCACACCAAUUUUUAAAAAAUAAUAAUAAGAAUUAAAAUACAUAUAACUUUGUCUCUUA